AUGGUUACGGUUCAAGUGCAUCCUUCUGCCUUAAAUCAUGAUGAUAUUCGAAGACUAGCUCUUGAAUUCAGGGCAAAUCCACAAAGCACAUGCGAAGAAUUCAGAAUUAAAGUAAUUCCAAAUAUUUCGACAGAUCCAGAGGUUGUAAUUGACCAGGAGCGUGAUGUUAAUGUCGCUGUGCAGAUUACGUUGAUGAUUGAUGGCUCUGAUAAAGAUCGUCAUUAUGAAGGCUACGAGAUCGGCGGCUUCCGAGUGACAUUACCACCGCAACUGCUCCUAGGGACAUUACAUUCAUUGCAAUGUAUACUGUUCCCUCCAGCUGAUGAAAAAUCGUCUCGAUGUUUGGAGAACAUUAUUCAAGAUUCGGAAUCGAGUUUUGACCCCGAUUGCAUGCUUCAUGAGAGAUACAAUAGACCGGUACCGGAAAACCUGGAAUAUCAUUACUGGGGUGAUCGAUUUGCUAAGUUGAAUCAUCUUGUGACACAUCCAAGGUCGAGUCAUCGUAUUAGUCAAUGGAUACAAAGAAACGCUUCGGAGAGGAAUGCCUUGUUUGUAGCAAUCUUGUCCCUUGUUCUGUCGGCACUCUUCGGUCUUUUGAGCGUUAUUUUGUGA